AUGCGCGAUGCCAGGAUCACAAUUCGGUACUGGAGGACACAUCAGUGCAAGAGCAGAGCAAAUGGGCUAUCUGGAGGCGUUGAUAGCAUCCGAACGAGAAUCGUGUCCGCCGAGACAUUCCCACCAGGGCAGAAUGCUAGCCUUGUCCAAGAACCGUGCAUUGCAUCGCCCCCGGUCCUGUGGGCUGCACUUGGUCCUGGUCCUGAAUUGGUUCGUGGAUGCUUGGUGUUUGGAUCGUUUGGUCUAUCUCAAAGUACUUGA